AAAAUACUCUAUCUAAACAUAAAUUUUUUAUUAUAUUCCACUCCCAACUCAUUCCAUUCCAGCCAAACAAACAAGCCGUGAAUUCAUACAUAUGAAGCAUUGAAAAUCACCUCCACGUCUGGAGAAUUUCAGAGAGAUUCCCACAUGGAGAAGAGCAUUUACACAAUCCUCACUGUUGGUCGCUGGGAGUCAUUGAAUCACAUGAACUAUAAGUUAGCUUCACUCAGACCAAUUCAUGGAAUUUUAGCGCUGAAAUUCCUCAAGUGGGUCAUCAAACAGCCUCAUUUGGAACCCAAUCACCUCACUCAUAUACUCGGUAUUACUACUCAUAUACUUGUUAGAGCUAGAUUGUACGAUUAUGCCAAAUCAAUUAUGAAACAUCUGUCGAAGAAAAAUUCUGGGUCCAACUUUCUUUUUGGUGUUCUUAUGGAUACAUACCCUCUUUGCAGCUCAAACCCAGCAGUUUUUGACCUUUUAAUUAGAGUUUAUUUGCGGCAAGGAAUGAUUGGGCACGCUGUAAAUACUUUUUCUUCCAUGCUCAUUCGUGGGUUUAAGCCAUCUGUUUAUACUUGUAACAUGAUCAUGGCUUCCAUGGUCAAGAACUGUAGAGCUCACUUGGUAUGGUCUUUUUUUAAGGAAAUGCUUACCAGUAGAGUUCGUCCAAAUGUUUCCAGUUUUAAUAUAUUGUUGAAUGUUUUAUGCGUGCAAGGGAAGCUUAAGAAAGCUGUUAAUAUCUUAACAAUGAUGGAGAGGAAGGGCUAUGUUCCUACGAUAUUUAGUUAUAAUACGUUGCUUAGUUGGUGCUGUAAGAAGGGAAGAUUUAAGUCUGCACUUAAGUUGAUUCAUCAUAUGGAAUGCAAGGGAAUUCAAGCAGACGUUUGUACUUACAACAUGCUUAUCGAUAGUUUGUGCAGAAACAGUAGAAGUGCACAAGGCUAUUUAGUUUUGAAGAAAAUGAGGAAGAAGACGAUCACUCCUAAUGAAGUCUCUUACAACACUUUAAUUAAUGGUUUUGUCAAGGAAGGAAAGAUUGGGGUUGCUACUCGGGUUUUCAAUGAGAUGAUUGAGCUUAGUCUUUCCCCAAACCUUAUUACUUACAAUAUUCUAAUAAAUGGACACUGCAUUAAUGAUAAUUUUGAAGAAGCAUUGAAAGUUUUGGAUGUGAUGGAAGCAAAUGACAUGAGGCCUAAUGAGGUUACGAUUGGAACUCUUUUAAAGGGAUUGUACAAGGGUGCCAAAUUUGAUGUAGCCAGAAAUAUUCUGGAGAGAUUUAGAAUCAAUGGAGCAUCUCUUAAUUGUAUCACAUAUACUGUGAUGAUUGAUGGGUUAUGUAGAAAUGGAUUGCUUGAUGAAGCCUUUCAAUUACUAAGUAAGAUGUGUAAGGAUGGUGUUGAUCCUGAUAUCAUAACAUUUUCAGUGCUUAUAAAUGGAUUCUGCAAAGCUAGGAAUAUUAAUAAGGCAAAGGAGAUUAUGUCCAAAAUGUAUAGAGCAGGACUCAUUCCAAACAAUAUUAUUUUCUCUACAUUAAUAUAUAAUUCUGGUAAGCUUGGAAAUGUUUAUGAAGCGAUGAAGUUCUAUGCUGCUAUGAAUUUGAGUGGGCAGAAUGCAGACAAUUUCACAUGUAAUUCAUUGGUCGCUUCUCUUUGUGAAAAUGGAAAACUAGUAGAAGCAGAGGAAUUCGUGCAUCACAUUAGUAGGAUUGGUCUUGUUCCUAACUCUGUUACAUUUAAUUGUAUCAUAAAUGGAUAUGCAAAUAUAGGAGAUGGGUUGGGGGCAUUCUCGGUGUAUGAUAAAAUGAUUAGUUCUGGUCAUCACCCUAGUCCUUUCACCUAUGGCAGUCUAUUGAAAGCGUUAUGCAGGGGACAGAAUUUUUGGGAAGCAAGACAACUAUUGAAAAAGCUCCAUUAUAUUCCAUUGGCUGUUGAUACUAUGUCGUACAACACAUUGAUUGUUGAGAUAAGUAAGUCAGGAAAUUUGCUGGAAGCAGUUCUCCUAUUUGAGGAGAUGAUUCAGAAUAAUAUUCUACCUGAUAGUUAUACAUACACUAGUAUCCUGACCGGUUUAAUUAGAGAAGGGAGAUUAGUUUGUGCCUUCAUGUUCUUGGGAAGACUCAUGCAAAAAGGAGUUCUAACAUUGAAUUCAAUUGUUUACACUUGUUUAAUUGAUGGCCUUUUCAAGGUUGGCCAGUCAAAGGCUGCAUUAUAUCUUUUUAAGGAAAUGGAGGGAAAAGGCCUCUCCUUAGAUUCCAUUGCCCUUAAUUCAAUCGUAGAUGGAUAUUCUAGGAUGGGAAAAGUGUUUAAUGGUAAUUCUCUUGUUUCAAAAAUGAGAAACAAAAAUGUAACACCUAACUUGACUACAUUUAAUAUAUUAUUACAUGGGUAUUCCAGAGGACAGGAUAUAAUGCGUUGCUUUAUGUUAUAUAAACUUAUGAGGAGAAGUGGCUUUUUACCUAACAGAUUAACAUACCAUUCUCUUAUUCUUGGACUUUGCAACCGUGGUAUGUUGGAACUUGGAAUUAAGAUGUUGAAAAUGUUUAUUGCAAAAGGUUCUACUGUUGAUGACUUGACGUUUAAUAUGCUCAUUAGGAAGUGUUGUGAAAUCAAUGAGCUGGAUAAAGUCAUUGAUUUGACUAAUAACAUGGAAGUCUUUAGGGUUUCUCUUGAUGCAGACACACAAAAAGCCAUUAUUGAUGUACUUAUUAGAAGGAUGAUUUCGCAAAAUUCUUUUGUUUUCAUCCUUGAAAUGCUCGAAAAGGGUUUCAUCCCUACGUCUAGACAAUAUUGCACUCUGAUGAAAGGAACGUGUCGAGUGGGGAACAUACAAGGGGCAUUUAAAUUGAAAGAUAAGAUGGUGGCACUUGGUGUAAGCUCAGACAAUGUUGCAGAGUGUGCUAUGGUUCGAGGGCUUGCACUUUGUGGGAAGAUUGAAGAGGCAAUGUGGAUUCUUCAAAGCAUGCUUAGGAUGCAGAAAAUCCCUACGACCAGCACGUUUACAACUUUGAUGCAUGUCUUCUGCAAAGAAGGCAAUUUUGAAGAGGCACAAAAUUUGAAGAGCCUUAUGGAGGAUUAUCAUGUGAAGCUUGAUACAAUUGCUUACAAUGUUCUCAUUUCUGGGUAUUGCGCUAAUGGUGAUGUUAUAACUGCACUUGAUUUUUAUGAAGAGAUGAAACAGAAAGGUCUCUGGCCAAACAUGACCACCUACAGAGUUCUAGUUUCUGCUAUUAGUACUAAACAAUAUGUUUCUAGGGGUGAAGUACUUCUCAAGGACUUAAAUGAUAGAGGAUUAGUGUCUGGGUAUUUAGAUGGGAAGUCCCAAAAAUUGUGCAGGAAUUUUGUAGCUGCCAUGGAUAAACUGAACUCCUUGAGGCCCAAUUAAGGAAAUAAAGCCAACAACAAACAGAAAUACCAUUGAAUUUGAUUGUGAGCACAAGGAAAAAUCUAGUUCUUGAUGGGAGGGAGGGACUAGUACAUCUUUCCAAGUUGUUAUACAUCUAAGGUGUGCCAUUCAUGUGCUUGCUUGGCCAACAUAGAAUUUGUACAGUCCGACUUUUAAUGGGAAUUUGCAUAGGAGUAAAUGGUUAAAGAGCCAAAUAAGGCAGCAUCAGCUGACAUUAGAUGGCAAAGCCCCUUUCAAUUUUACUCUUGCUAUCCUUCUCAACAAUGAAUGUUGAAUAGGAAGAAGCACAGUGGUAUAUUUCAUUAUCAACAUUAUAGGAUUAUGUGGCUACAUUCAGUACUCACAAGAGCAGACUACCACCUGAAGCUGAUCGUGUUUUGCUAAUGGUCAUCUACCUCCAUUUACUUAGUGGAAAAGAACCUGGUCUCAUAACAUUUGCAACCGUAGUGGACACCUUCAGAACAAUCUCUUGGCUAAAGAUUAGCUUGUAGCCUUGACGUUGCUUGACUAGGACAGUGGCAUGUUGGGGUUAAGUCCAUAAAGUUCGCAUUGGUGCCAUAUGUGUAAAAUAUCCAUGCUCAAACUCCUCACAGGCCAAUGCAUAGAGUAGCUCCUACACAUCAGACAGAAUACAAAGAGGGAGCUUUCUAUUUAUCGAUGGGCAACCUACACAUAAGGAGGAGUAAAACACAUGAUUAUGUUAAAUGGAGUAAUUGAGGCGGCAACCGGCUAGGAAGGAUACCGACCACUUAUUGGGGCUGGCACGGCCCCUUUGGACCUGUUGGUCGAGAUCGUUUAAGUGAUCGUUGGUCGAGAUCGUUUAAGUGGUACUUGGCUUGUAGUAGAGAUUGUUUCUCUACAAUCGGGGAUGCACUUUUGAACUCCAUUUUGGACAACCUGAGGCUCAGUCGUUGUAGUGAAUCAUAUCAUUUAGGAUGUUGAGGUGUCCUUGAGCGUGCCGAAGCAACAGGCAAGCGAGUGCAUGCCUGAAUUUGGAGAUUGCGUUAAUCUUGGGGAGCAAUCAACACAACGAUUAGCACCAAGGUCGUGUCGUAAUUGCUUUUAGGGCAGUGGUUUCUCCAUGAUGCAGUCAUCCUUCGCAACAUCUGUUCAUUAUUCUAACAAUCUGAAAGCAAUUAACCAGAUGUUGAUCAAGAAUGAAUCCUCUAAAGAAUCCCUUGAUGUUUCUGAUCAACCAAAGCAGUCCUUUGCAAUUGAUCUUGAUAAGUACGAGAAAGACAACAAAACAGUCCAUGGUCAUCUAUUGAAUCAUAUGAUAGAUUCGAUGUUCAAUUUAUUCGUGGUCCAAAAGUUAGCAAAGGUAAUUUGGAGUACGUUGGAGUCUCGAUAUGGAGGAGAUAAUUCUGGCCAUAAGAAAUACAUCGUUGGUAAAUUGCUACAAUUCCAAAUGACAAAUGAGAAACCGGUAGUAGAGCAGUUCAUGAAUAUGAAAAUUUGGUGGUCAACGUUCUGACCGAGGGCAUGAAAAUGUGUGAGGUUCUCCAAGCAAAUAUACUACUUGAGAAAUUCCCCAACCCUAGAGUGACUACAAAAAUCAUCUGAAACACAAAAAGAAAGAUCUGAUACUCCAGGAGUUGAUUAGUCACAUGCGCACGGAAGAAGCCACUAGGCUAAAAGAUAAGCUAAUUUAUGGAAAUCUUAAUUUAGUUAAUGCUAACUUGGUUGAAUCUUCUGUUAUUAACAAAGACAGGUUCAAAAAUCACAAGAAGCAGUCUGGAAAGAAUAAUUCCUCUCAAAAGACUGGACAUCACAAAACUGAUGGUGGGAAGAUUGAAAAGAAAAAAUUGAUUUGCUAUGUCUACGAGAAACUUGGACACAAAUCCUACUAUUGUAGUCAAAGUAAAGGAAUGUCAAAUCAACAACACACACCACAAGCUAAUCUUGUUGAACAAGAUGAUGUAAUAGCUAUUGUUGUGGAAGCAAACCUGGUGGAAAACAAAAUUGACUAGAUACUUGACAUUGGAGCUUUUAGGCACUUUUGUUCAAACUGAGAGCUCUUCCAUGACCACAAGGACACUAUUGAUAGAGAGUGUGUGUUCAUGGGUAACUCUAUCAUAGUAGGAGUACUUGAAAAAUGGAAGGUUCUUUUAAAAUUAAUCUUUGGAAAAACUUUAUCUUUAAGUAAUGUAUUGUAUGUACCUUUCUUACAUAAGAAUCUGAUGUGGGAGUCUAUUGAAUUAGGCCGGCUUAAAGUUGUCCUUACAAAAAAUGGAGACUUUAUUGGUAAGGGAUAUCUUGCUUAUGGUCUUUUUGUAUUGAAUACUGUCCAUAUUGCAAAUAUGAUGAAUGCAAGUGCCUUUAAUUCUGCUUACAU